AUGAUAACAAUUGGUUCUGAUGAUGCAGCUGAGCGAGCAGCUGGUGCGGUGGUGGAGGUAGCGGUAAUAGCUCCGCCUGAGAAGUUUGCAGCAGCGAGUGACGACCCCACUAGGUUCGAUUGGAUGAUGGACGCGAAUCGGCUGCACGUCUAUCGAGAGUCGUGGGCGACGGAGGCCUCAGGACGUGUCGAGCGUUUGAUGAGGCACAGUUUGGAACAAUAUCUAGAACGAGAAGCGGCGUCUGUGGCAGACGAGAUUUGCCAAGAGGCGUUCGGCAUUACACUCCCGGAAUUGAUGAACGAUCUGGGUGAUGCGGACGAAGAGCAGCUCAGCACCGAGCCUUUGAACCGACCUCAAACAUUCGGCGUCCGGCGCCUUGCAGAAAAUGAACGGAUUCAGCUCUUUGCACAAAUGUCCCAAGACUGGCAAUCCGUACUCAGUAACUCCUCCAAAUUUGAUUUCGAAAUCAAUGAUGACAUCGAAUCCGGUGGCCGCCGAGUACGCAGAUUGGUCGACUGUUGCAAGUCUCACCGUGUCGCAAUCUCCGUCACUACCGCCUUGGUCACAGCGGCGGUGGUCGGUGGUUGUUCGUUUUACGGUCGGUACCUUUCUGAUCACAAGAGGCCGUCUGGCCACGGUAUCACGGCGGACACUCUUGCAGAACUCCGUGCCCCUGAAGACAUUUGCGGGGCGACCUGGAACGAUACAGCACUACGGUUCGCGAGACCAGUUUCGCAGGACUCGUGGCGUGAGGCGGGCUGGUGCAACGGUUACUCCGGCAAACUCGUUUGUGGUACGGAGAAGACAUUGCAGACGUUAAUGAAGAUCGCUAUGAUACCUAACGCGGGCGAGGUGAUUGUACCUCGUGGAUUAAGAUGCUACAACUUCCAAAUGCCCUCCCCAUACGACCUUCCGACUGUGUGGGAGGCAGUGGCCCAGUACGAUACACCAGAACGGUGUGCCGUAGUCUGCGACACGAUCUGGACUAGGCGCCAGCACAUGGGUCGUUACAUAGCGAAGAGGUUCGGUAUCCCGCUCACGGGCAUGGACCUUACAAAACUUGACGAAGAAGUAUUGCGGAGAUUCACACUUGAUACGAACUGCUCACGUUCAGCUCCGGAUAUCAACCCCGAUCCGCAGUGCAAUUGUGCCAUUGGUAUCCUCGGCUGCUACGUCCGGGACCCGCGCGACAAAGAAAUCCAAUGGGGUGACCUACUGGACUUCAACACCAACCAAUACACAUUAUCCAGACAUGUCUCUAACUUUAACCAUGAUGGCUACAACGUCAGUAACUGUAUCUUCGACUGCUACCAAAAGCAAGACACGUCUGGUAGCAGAACCUAG